GUGUUGGGUGGAAAGAUUGAGCCAUAUAUGAAGAGUGAACCAAUUCCAGAGAGUCAAGGCGACGUUAAGGUGGUUGUUGCGCGUUCAUUCAAGGAAAUGGUGAUGGACGUGAAGAAGGAUGUGCUCAUUGAGUUCUACGCUCCAUGGUGUGGCCAUUGUAAGGCGUUGGCACCGAAAUACGACGAGCUGGGCGAGAAGUUAGCCAAGGAGGACGUGGUGAUCGCGAAAAUGGACGCGACUGCCAACGAUGUACCGCCACUCUUUGAAGUCAGAGGGUAA